UCCCCGCCCCUCGCGCUUCUUCGUCAGGGGAGACCACGAUUGCUCCGAGAACGAGGCUGGGAUGGGAACACCAACCGACUUUGCCGCGUGACAUCAUCUCUCCGGACCCGGAAGUAAAAUUCGAACUUCGCCGCGUCCCUGAUCUGCGGGGAAGGAGGAGGGGGCGAGUAAAGGAGGGCGGGACAUACCAUAACGAAACAGUGAAGCAAACGACGGCGACGCGUCUCCCGGUGACAAGCCCCGCCCCUUUCACUUCUUUCCCCCUCGCUUCCGGGACGCGAGGCAGCAGCUCAAUUACUCGAGAUUGAUGUAUGUUUCCUCCACUACUUUAAUUUGGUUGCGAAUUUGGAUAAGCAUGGCACAGAUCCAGCAAGGAGGCUCUGAUGAAAAAGAGAAGACUACAGCAUUAAAGGAUUUGUUAUCUAGAAUAGACUUGGAUGAACUGAUGAAAAAGGAUGAGCCACCUCUUGAAUUUCCUGAUACUCUUGAAGGAUUUGAAUAUGCCUUUAAUGAAAAGGGACAGUUAAGACAUAUAAAAACUGGGGAGCCAUUUGUUUUUAACUACCGUGAAGAUUUGCAUAGAUGGAACCAAAAACGCUAUGAAGCUCUUGGAGAGAUCAUCACUAAGUAUGUAUAUGAACUUCUGGAAGAAGAAUGCCAUUUGAAAAAAAUAUACAUACCUGUAGAUGCAACUGAGAGUGAACCCAUGAGUUUUAUCUUUAUGAGUGAAGAUGCAAUGACAAAUCCUGAGAAACUGUUGGUUUUAAUUCAUGGUAGUGGUGUUGUCAGAGCGGGACAGUGGGCAAGGAGACUUAUUAUAAAUGAAGAUUUGGACAGUGGUACACAGAUUCCAUAUAUUAAAAGAGCUAUUGAGGAAGGCUAUGGAGUAAUAGUACUGAAUCCAAAUGAGAACUAUAUUGAAACUGAAAAGACAAAAGCCCAAGUACAGCUGUCUUCUGAUAGCUUAGAUGAACCUGCAGAAAAGAGAGAAAGAAAAGAUAAAAUCCAAAAAGACACAAAAAAGCGGCGUGACUUUUAUGAAAAAUAUCGGAAUCCACAAAAAGAAAAGGAAACUGUGCAGUUGUAUAUUAGAGAAAAUGGCUCUCCUGAAGAACAUGCAAUUUAUGUAUGGGACCACUUCAUUUCUCAGUCUGCAGCUGAAAAUGUGUUUUUCAUUGCUCAUAGUUAUGGUGGCCUUGCAUUUGUAGAAUUGAUGAUUCAACGAGAGGCAGAAGUAAAAAACAAAGUUGCAGCUGUGGCAUUAACCGAUUCCAUUCACAAUGUGUGGCAUCAGGAAGCUGGCAAAACCAUUCGGGAGUGGAUGCGUGAGAACUGUUGUAACUGGGUGUCAAGUUCAGAACCACUGGAUACAUCAGUUGAAUCCAUGUUACCAGACUGCCCACGUGUCUCUGCAGGGACGGAGAGGCACGAGCUGACCUCGUGGAGGAGCUUCCCGUCGGUCUUCCGGUUCUUGGGCGAGGCGCUGGAGGCGAAGCACAGCUCGGCCAAGGGGGCUCCGGCGCGGCGCUCGCAGAGGAUCCGCCCCGAGGAGCUGUAGGGCGCUCCCUCCGCCGCCGCCGCCGCGGCCCCUCAUUAGAUUGUUUUCUCCGGAGAGCAGAGGGUCGCCGUGUCUACAUCCACGUAGCGUUUUGCAUUAUUUCUAGAUGAGCGCAGCUGUCAAAGCAAUCUAGGUUCGCCGGUUGUGCUUCCUGUGGGCCGCAGCUCGCGUCGCCGGCUGCCCGUCAGGGCCCAGAUUAAGGCUGACAGCAGCGGCGCGCGGCCCAGCCCGCCCCACCUCUAAUUGCCCUGACAGCGGCCGGCACCGAGCUGAUGGCCGCCGCCGCCACGCCGCCCCGGUCCUAGCGCCCGCCACUUCCCUUCCCACCGGAGCUGCAGCCCCUUCGCCUGCAUUUUUUAAAAAGACACCACCACCACCCCAGACCUCAGAGCUCUGCAACUGGGUACCCCCCCCCCCCUGCGCCCACCACCCUCGCCCGUUUUUAGGCUUUGGACUGAGUUUGCUUCCACGCUUUGGGCGGGGCUUCUUGCUCUGUUUUGCAAGCCCCCGGGCCGGCAUCGAUAGCUGCGAGGCGCCCCGGGGGCAGCGGUCCUGAGCUGGGCCCUCGGAGGCAUCGGCGUGGAGAGCCGCCGCCGCCCCUCCGAGGCGCCCGAACAAAAGGCUGCCGCGCUUUGUUCGCCCCUCCGGCCCCUCCGAGGCUGCCUGGGUUUAGCCCGGGACUCCGCGCGGGGAGAUGCCAGCGACUAAUCCCACGGAGGCUUUUGCAAACCGGGACCUUGGCAAGGACGUCCUUUGACACUCUCUCUCUCCCUCCUCCCGCCCCCCUGCGUGUUCUGCUGAGCACUCGUUUGCUUUGGGGCUCCCGGGGUUGCUGAGUCAUUUUUAAACUACAAAGUGAAAAAGACGCCUUCGCAACAAAUACACUGUAGAUCAAAUGCCAGGGGGGGGGGGGGGGGUGCUGCUGUUAGUUGGUUGAAACCUUUAUUUUUUAUUCCACCAGAAUAUCUAUUUUGUGACAGAUUGGUUUCCUAAUGUCUUUGUUUUUAAAUGCUGGAGGGUAUCCAGACAGGGCACCUGACUCCCCGUCCCCCUUUUCCCCCUCAUCUGAGUGGGAAAGACUUGCGGAACAUUUCCUCACCUGCUGAAAGGGGAAGGCCCACACUGAGGGGGUGUUGGGGAGCUGCACUUCUGGUUGGGAAGGCACCCCACUGCCUUGAAUGUCAUUUGGUAGCAAGUUCUACCUGAAGCCACUGACGUUUCAAUGCCUGGAGUCACUGUGAAAAAAUACUGAGAGCAAAAAAAAAAAAAUCACUGCCAUCACUAAAACUUUUAUUAUUAGCCAGAUUAUUUCGUUUUCAUAUUCCUUCAAUUUCCAAUCACUCUUAAUGACUCGCGGCUUUUUUUCAAGUUCAGCAUAGGCCUAAAUCGCAUAGUCUGUCACUGAAUGUUUUCCAAGAGUCCUCACAUUGAAUGAAUGCUGCCUUCCUACCCUCACCAGCACAGAAUUAAAGCCUAAACUGGUUACCAGUGAAGACCAUGGGGGGUGGGGACACCUGAGGCCAGCCACCCACUUCAAAGCUCUGUGCAGACCCCAGGGACAGCCCUGCCCACAAUCCAGUGUGCCAUGGAGCGUUGCACAGAAUAAAGAGACAUCCAUUGCUUUAAGGUGGUCUCCUGCAGGAAGCCAUCCAAGUAGACUGGGAUCUGUGCCUUCUCUGCAGCAGCAAAACAUGGCUGGCUCCCAAGUAGGUGGGCUGGGAUAUUCAUUACUACCUGACCUUACCCAGAGGUUCCCUUAAUGUGGUCUGUUUUCUUUGUUUCACCUGUGAAGUGAUAGGAACAGAGAAAUAAAGACAAGAGUUCGCUUUGGGAUUUUUAGUGGGCUGUACACAAUUUAGCAACGUGGCAACUGGAGAGUGGAUUGCAGGAGAUGGGGCCUGGAGAGUGGAUUGCAGGAGAUCCUGCUGUCCUUCAGCCAGACUUUUCAAUACCAGAAGUGACAGGGAUCUCCAGCUGUGAUCUUUGCGGGCAGAUCCCCAGAGCCAAUGCAUUCCAGUCCUGUUGGAGCUUUCGGAUUCCUCUUUAGCUCAGAGGAUCACAAUGUGCCAGAGCUGGACUUUGGGCCAGUGGGAGUUGGUGUGGGUGGUCUGUGACCUGUAAGUGUGCAAGAUUUCUCUUCCUGAAGCUGGGCCUCAAUUCACACCCCACCCCCACCCACAUGAGUAUUCCAGCCACUGGUCUCCCCCUCAGUCACUAUCCCCUGGCAUUAUGCCUACCAAGGUAGGGUGCCUGGUGGGGGCAGGGGCUGUCUUCUCCUCCACUGAUUUCCAUCAUAUUUAGGAAAUCUUUGGCUUCUUUCUGGAGUAAAGGAGAGGCAAUCCUUGGUCCUCCUCAGGACUCAUAGGAAAGCCUUGGGGCUUUGCAAAGUGCCAAACCUCCCCAAAGGCCUCUGACCUGAGAGGCUGACCCUCCUCCUGCCGGCCCAGGCACCCAUCCACCCACAUGCACACACACUUUUACUCCGCUGGGGCCUAGUUUGUGUUUUGUUUGUGUGUUUUUUUCCCCUUGCUGCUUUUGGACCGAAUUGUAAAGCACAGGGGGAGGGGGAGGGGUUGCUCUCUUUUCUGUUUACACUGAACCAAUAAAAGAUGGUUUCUCUUAAAA